CUAAUUGUUACUCCGUAUUAUAAGUGUUCCGGUUAUGGAUUUGGAACAGUAUAACCGGAACAAUAAGCUCUUUCAUUCAUCUUUUUAGUUCUUACACUAAGCUAGUAGUCAGUUUUACUAUUUGAGCAUUUCAUCAAACUAAAUUAUUAUCUACAACUAAUAUAUUGCUUUGCCAAAAAAAAUUGUACAGUACAACCUAAGCUAGGGUUAUUGAGGCUAGGGCGAACCUUUUAGGGUGGACCUCUCGAGGCACCCAAAAACCGAGAAUCAAACAAAUAAAAUGACUCAUUACCAACCUUCUAGGAAGGACCUUCCCCAAUUAAACUAAGUGAUAAUUGAGCCUAAUUAAAUACGAGUUAAAACUAGCUUACAACUACUCAACCUAGUAAAAAAAAAAUUAUCCAAUAAGAAACAUAAUCUUCGUUGUAUUUGUUGUUGUUGUCUAAGUUAAUCUGCAUAUAUACUAGAAUAUUCUAUUACAAAUUUUGUUAUCUUAAAACAUACCAUAACACCACUGUAUCGUAACAAACUAAGUGAUCUAAUCUGAUAGAAUUUAAUUUCUUUCGUUCUCAAGCUAGGCAUUAAUUUUCCUAUAUAAAUAUACCCUAAUUAGUAAUUACUAAUUAACUCGUUCAAAACAACAAAAUCGAAUUAUAAGAGAAAUAAUACUCCUACUAAUUAUACGUUGGGUUACAAAAUCAAAAUCAAAUCUCAUCAUUAUCGAAAUCCCUCGUCAGAACCAUGACUCAACCAAAUUCCAUUAGCAUGACGAACUCACCUUCACCAUCAUCACCAUUACCCGGCUUCGUUUUUCAACCCACAACUCGAGAAAUAUUCACUUAUUUUCUUCCUCAAAGGUUACUUUUCGGUCUCGAAUCAUUACAUACGUACCAAGAUUUUGUGUUGGACAUCGAUCUUUAUUAAAACAAGACUCCCGAAGAGAUAUUCGAAGGUUCAGAACAAAAAGAAUUCUACUUUUUUACUAAGUGUAAAGGAUCUGAUAAGAAGAUAAAAAGAGAAAUAGCCAGAAAAUGAAGUUGGACGAGUAAAAGUACAACGAUUGAUUGCUUAGUGGAGAAUGAAGAGAAGGAGAGAAAAGUUGGUUCAAGAAGACAAUUCAAAUUUCAAAAUUUGAAAAAGUAUCCAUGCAAAGAUUCUAGUGUUUCUGGGAUCAAUCAAGGACGUAGCCCUAUCCCAAAACAGCAAAAAUAUCAACAAUGAAAGUAUAAUUGCAUUAUGCCAUGUUUACAAGAAAGUGGAGACAAAAGAAGGGAAUGUGGUGAGAUAUUCGAACACAAUCUUGAAGAACAAAAGAAAAGGAGAUUGUCUGUUGUUGGAGGGAAGCAAGAAGAUUUGCAUUAACAACAUGGAACAAUUAGGCCAAAUAAUGAAGUAGUUUUUGAAACAAUGAAGAUUAUGAAUAAGGAGAUUAUGGAAGAUAGUAAUUAUGCUGAUAAGGAGAUUAUGGAAGCUAAUUAUGCUGAUAAGGAGAUUAUGGAAGCUAAUUAUGCUGAUAAGGAGAUUGAUGAAGUACUCGCCACGAUUGAUUUCAAUGAUUUUUCGUCGGAGAUCGAUUGGGAUUUCAACAACAAGAAUACGACUAAUAUUACUGCUACUACUGAUGAUGGUAAUUUUGAAAGAGUCUUAUCGUCAGAGGAAAACAAAUGGACUUCCUACCUAAAUGUUCAACAAUUUAUCGGGACAUCAUCGGACUUUCCAACAAUGGAUGCAGCAGGUUUCAACAACAACAACAACAACAACGAAGAUUAUGUAUCUCGGAUAGAAAACUUUUUACUAGGUUGAGUACUUGUAAGCUAGUUUUAACUCGGAUUUAGUCUCAAUUUUUUAUUCUCGGUUUUUGGGUGCCUCGGGAGGUCCUUCCUAGAAGGUUCUCCCUAGCCUCAAUAACCCUAGCUUAAUUAGGUUGUACUGUACAUUUUUGCAAAUAAAUAUAUUACAGAGUACUUGAUUAA